AUGGGCACCAUUUCUAGAAGGCAUGAGAUACCAUUGAGAAACAUACUUGAAGUUGAGAUCUUUGAUGUCUGGGGGAUAGACUUCAUGAGACCAUUCCCAUCGUCCCGUGGAUAUCAAUACAUCUUAGUGGCAAUGGACUACGUGUCCAAGUUGGUAGAGGCAGUUGCAUUACCAUCUAAUGAUGCAAAGUUCAGUGUGAAAUUUGUUGGCCAAAUAUGGGGUAAGACACAAAGUAUCUGUAGCGUAUCAUCCCAGACUAGUGGGCAGGUAGAAGUGUAUAAUAGAGAAGUGCAGCAGAUUCUCCAAAAGACUGUGAAUGCCCAAAGGAAAGAUUGGGCUGAUAAGUUAGAUGAUGCUUUGUGGGCAUACCGGACUGUAUACAAGACACCGAUAGGGACUUCUCCUUAUCGAAUGGUGUUUGGAAAAAUAUGUUACCUCCUAGCUGAAUUGGAGCAUAAGGCAUACUGGGAGAUCAAAAAGUUGAAUCUGGAUGCUGAGUUAGCUGGAAAGAAAAGGAUAACGCAGUUGCAUAAGUUAGAAGAGUUCAGGGUUCACGCCUAUGAGAAUGCUAAGCUUUAUAAAGAGAAGACCAAAAGCUGGCAUGACAAGCAUAUUGUGUCACGCACCUUUGAGCCUGGUCAAUUAGUGCUGCUAUUUAACUCACGAUUGAAGUUGUUCCCCGGAAAGCUUCGAUCUAAGUGGAGUGAUCCGUUUGAAGUUGUGAGGAUGACCCAACAUGGUGCGGUGGAGCUAAGGAACAAGGAUAAAAUCUCUACUUUCCUUGUGAAUGGGCAGCGAGUAAAGCACUACUUUGGAAAUGAUGUUGAUCGUGAGCUUGAAGCGCUCACAUUGAAUGAUGAAUAA